CAAGCCUUGUGGGAGCAGUAAUUAUGGCGAGCUUAGGGGAAGAGGCUGAGCAGGAGCCGCUCUUAGGCCACAGCAUACCCGGAAGCAGAGAAUGGGAUAUUAUAGAAACUGAGGAGCAUUAUAAGAGCCGAUGGAGAUCUAUUAGGAUUCUGUAUCUUACUAUGUUUCUUAGCAGUGUAGGAUUUUCUAUUGUGAUAAUGUCAAUAUGGCCAUAUCUCCAAAAGAUUGAUCAGACUGCCGACGCAAGUUUUUUGGGCUGGGUUAUUGCUUCUUUUAGCCUUGGCCAAAUGGUAGCUUCGCCUAUAUUUGGUUUGUGGUCUAACUAUCGACCAAGAAAAGAACCUCUUACUGUUUCCAUUUUCAUUUCGGUGGCAGCCAACUGCCUGUAUGCGUAUGUCCAGGUUCCAGCUUCUCAUAAUAAAUACUACAUGUUGGUUGCUCGUGGAUUGGUGGGAUUUGGAGCAGGAAAUGUAGCUGUUAUUAGAUCAUAUAUUGCUGGUGCUACCUCUCUUCAGGAAAGAACAAGUUCCAUGGCAAACACAAGUGCAUGUCAAGCAUUAGGUUUUAUUCUAGGUCCAGUUUUUCAGACUUGUUUUGCACUCAUUGGAGAAAAGGGCGUGACAUGGGAUACCAUUAAGCUGCAGAUAAACAUGUACACAGCACCAGUUUUACUUGGCGCCUUCCUGGGAAUUUUAAAUAUUAUUCUGAUUCUUACUGUAUUAAGAGAACAUCGUGUGGAUGACACAGGACGACAGUGUAAAAAUAUUAAUUUUGAAGAAGCAAGUACAGAUGAAGUUCAGGUCCCCCAAGGAAAUAUUGAUCAAGUUGCUGUUGUGGCCACCAAUGUUCUGUUUUUUGUGAUUCUGUUUAUCUUUGCCCUUUUUGAAACCAUUGUUACACCAUUAACAAUGGAUAUGUAUGCCUGGACCAGAGAACAAGCUGUGUUAUAUGAUGGCAUAAUACUUGCUGCUCUUGGAGUUGAGGCAGUUAUUAUUUUCAUGGGGAUAAAAUUACUUUCCCAAAAGGUUGGCGAGCGUGCUAUUCUACUGGGAGGACUCAUUGUUGUAUGGGUUGGCUUCUUUAUCUUGUUACCUUGGGGACAUCAGUUUCCCAAAAUACAGUGGGAAGAUUUACAUAAUAAUUCAAUCCCUAAUACCACAUUUGGAGAAAUAAUUAUUACUCUUUGGAAGAUUCCAAGAGAAGAUCACAAUGAAGGACCAACUGGUUGCCCAGUUGAACAAGCCUGGUGCCUCUACACCCCCAUGAUCCAUCUGGCCCAGUUCCUCACAUCAGCUGUGCUAAUUGGAAUAGGCUAUCCAUCCUGCAAUGUUAUGUCAUAUACAUUAUAUUCAAAAAUUCUGGGACCAAAACCUCAGGGUAUGUACAUGGGCUGGUUAACAGCGUCUGGAAGUGCAGCACGGAUUCUUGGACCUGUCUUCAUCAGCGAAGUGUACGCUGCCUGGGGUCCACGAUGGGCUUUCAGCCUUGUGUGUGGAGUGGUGUUGCUCACCAUCACACUCCUGGGUGUGGUUUACAGAAGACUCAUUGCUUUUUCUGUAAGGCAUGGAAGGAUUCAAGAAUAACCUAGCUAAGACUGUGGUGGAAAGUACUUGCUGUGUGGAACUUUCUCUUUUAAGGCUCUGCUAGACGAUUGCUAAGAGUCAGUUUCCUAAAGUCAGGUUGUAGAUAUUGCAUAUGUUGAAUAACAAGAACAUAUAUUGAAUAAAAUAGGGACUUCUAUGUGUAAUUAUGAAUAGCAAGAUAAUAUAAAAAUUCUGGAUCAUAGUUUC